AUGUCUGGCUUUGAUUUCACAGACCGCGCACAGAACUCUCUGGCCGCGGCAUUUCAACUAGCGAAAGAUUAUGCACAUGCACAACUAGCGCCUUCGCACAUCGCGCUAGCUUUACUUAAUGAUGAUACCUCUAAUUCAACAGGCGUGCAAAGCACGAAUAAAGACUCACAGUCGCUCUUCAAGAGCAUCUGUGAAAAGACCGGCGUCAGUGUUCCAGACUUGGAGAACAAGCUACGUGCGGCACUACGGAAGAUCCCACAGCAAUCGCCUGCCCCUGACGAUGUGAGUUUGACGGGGGCCGCAAGUAAGAUUAUGAAGAACGCUCAGCAAUACAAGACACAGCAGCGGGAUGCGUUUAUUGCACAGGACCACGUGCUUCUUGCGUUGCUGGAAGACUCGAGCAUAAACAAUAUGCUGAAGGAGGCCGGCCUUGCAAACCCGGACCUCAUGAAGAAUGCCAUUACACAAGCGCGUGGUGGCCGACAUAUUGACUCGAAAACAGCUGAAGCUGGCUACGAUGCGAUGGGCAAAUACUGUACUGACCUCACGGCCCUCGCCGCGGAAGGCAAGCUGGACCCUGUAAUUGGUCGUGACAAUGAGAUCCGCCGCGUUGUUCGUGUCCUGUCGCGACGAACGAAAAACAAUGCUGUGUUGAUUGGUAGUCCGGGUGUGGGUAAGACCGCGGUUGUGGAAGGACUGGCACAACGUGUUAUUGAUCGCGAUGUGCCUCCAAAUCUGCUUGGCAAGAUCUAUUCCCUCGACAUGGGCGGAUUAAUGGCUGGUGCCAAAUACAAGGGUGAAUACGAGGAACGUGUAAAGGCGGUGCUAAGUGACAUUGAAAAGAUGACCAAUGAUGGCACACCAUGCAUUUUGUUCAUCGACGAAAUGCACCUCAUGAUGGCUGGCAAGGGCGGUGAUACUGGCAUGGAUGCCGCAAACCUGCUGAAGCCCAUGUUGGCGCGUGGCAAGCUGCGCUGCAUCGGUGCAACGACGCUGAAUGAGUACCGUCAGAGCAUCGAGAAGGAUGCAGCCCUUGAGCGCCGCUUUCAGCAAGUCAUCGUCGAAGAACCUACGGUCGAGGACACGAUAGCGAUCUUGCGUGGACUCCGGGAGAAGUAUGAAGUGCACCAUGGUGUGCGCAUCCUCGACGCUGCGGUUGUAUCGGCUGCCCAGCUUGCUAAGCGCUACCUUACAGCGCGCAAGCUCCCUGACUCGGCUAUUGACCUGGUCGACGAAAGCUGUGCGGAUGUAACUGUGUCGCGCGAAACUGUGCCAGAAGCCAUCGACACUUUGGAACGCCGCAAGGUACGCCUGCAAAUUGCCAUGACGGCGCUGGAGCGUGAAAAAGACCCGCAAAGCAAGGAACGACUUGAAGAAACCCGCCAAGAACUUGCUCAUUUGGACGACGAGCUCGCGCCGAUGAAGGCGGAGUUUGAGGCGCAACGUGCUAAGGGAGACGAGCUGAACAAUGUGCGUCGCAAGAUCGAGGAGCUUCGUGCCAAGGCGAGUGAUGCAGAGCGUCGCUACGACCUCGAGACAGCAAGUGACCUUAUGUAUUAUGCGAUUCCCGACUUGGAGAAGCGAGCGGAGCAGCUGCAAGAGCAAGCACGGAAAGACGAGGCGGAAGGCAAGACAAGCCAGGCGAACACGGUGACGAGCGAAAACAUCGCAUCGAUUAACCGACCGAUUGCGAGCUUCUUGUUCUGCGGCCCGUCGGGCACGGGUAAGACGCUCAUGAGCAAGACGCUCGCCUCUUACAUGUUCGACGAUCCCGAUGCGAUGGUUCGCAUUGACGCGAGCGAGUACUCUGAGAAGCACAGUAUUUCGCGCCUGAUCGGAGCACCACCGGGCUAUGUGGGCUUUGACGAGGGUGGCGUGCUAACAGAAGCGGUGCGGCGCCGGCCAUUCUCAAUUGUGCUGAUCGAUGAGAUCGAGAAGGCCGCACGCGAAUUCGUGCAGCUGUUCCUUCAGGUGUUGGAUGAAGGACGUCUACAGGACAGUCAGGGGCGCCUUGUUUCGUUCCGCAACACAAUCAUUAUCAUGACGAGUAACUUGGGCUCAAGCUUCAUCAACGAGUCUGAGGACGAGGACCUGACAGAGUCUGUGCGCCAACUCGUGCAAGGAGCGAUUUCGGCACAUUUCCCGCCAGAGUUCAUCAACCGAAUCGACAGCAUAGUGACAUUCCGCAAACUUGGACGUGUUGAUGUGCGCCGGAUCGUGGAUAUCCGCAUCAAGGAGCUGCAAAAGAGACUCAUUGAGAACGGACGCCAGUCGCGACUCGUUGUGGACGAAGAGGCGAAAGACUGGCUUGGCAGUAUCGGAUAUUCGCCGACCAUGGGAGCGCGUCCCCUGGGCCGUGCGAUCCAGGACCAGCUGCUGAACCCACUAAGUAUGCUUAUUCUUCGAGGCCAAAUCCACAAUGACGAUCCUGAAAUCCACAUCUCAUUCGACAAGUACCGCAAUGCACUCACGGUGCAGGCAAAUCAUGAGGCAGUGGCCGGCUUCUUGGAUGACGACGAUGUUGACAUGGACGAGGACGAUUUAGAAGACCCAUUAGAUUAA